UUUUAUUAUUUAUUUAGCCAUUUAUAAAAUGCAUCCAACCCCACAAUUUCUGCGUACUGGUAACAACACUUUGAACAAUACAUAUAAUUCAAUAAUAUUUAUUUAAAUAAACUCCAAAAUGUUACUAAGGCAGCCUUACAAAAUCAUCACGAAAAUUUACCAGGCCAAUGUACAAAUUCUGCUUGCCUACCCUUUAGCAUAACAAUGAAAAUAAAUUAGUGAUAUUUUACUGGGAAAAAAAGAAAGAAAAUUAUUACUGGCCCUAGGGCAAGUGAGGGAGCAGAAUUUUGCAAGGCUGUGUUUAAUCUCUCUACACUGUCAACCACCACAAUUAGUUCCUUCUGCUACAGCCAUACCUGCUUACAAUGGAGAAUUGAAAAGCCUGAGAUUUUCCUCUCUGCUGAUCACCUCAACCACCCCUCCCCCACAGUUUCUCUCUGCUUUUUGAGAGAGACAGCAAAUGAAUUUACAUUAAAAACAAAACAAAUCUGGCAAAGAAUAAACUACCUUUAAGUAAAUUUAGAGAAGAGUUCUGCUCAAGAACUGUUUUUGUGUAGGGCCUAUAGUGUCUGGCAUCUGUCACAGCUUCUGUUCAACAUCACUUUCACAAUGUGGCACUAACUGCCAACCUAGGGUGCAGCCACAUUACAGAAGUUUUUUGGGGGGGCGAACGAUCAGAAUUAAUAACGAUAAUUUAUUCUUUAUAUUAUCAUGUAUUAGUUCAUUAGUCACACUAAAGGGGAAACAAGAGAGCACAGAGUGUGUGGAUGGGGGUGGAAGGGGUACCAGUAGGAAUGACUCCUGCAGUCAUACUGAGGACAGCAACAAGAUAGUAACAAGAUUUGGGGGGUUGGGCGUGGAGCGGGAAUGUAUUAGUGCAGCAGUCACAGCAAGGGACAGGUAAAACGGCUCCGGUGAGCCACGGCCCCACCCGUAUGAGCCUUUAUAGGCAGGUCUGAAAAACUCCACAUGCCUGCAAGGAGGCUGGCCUGCGGCUACACACAGGUCAUUGCACAGAUAACACCCUACUCAGGCGUGCCAGGAGGUGGUGUGUUGGGCCCUUGCUCCAACGGUGAGGGGCUGGCUACCUGGGCGGGGGAGGGUGUCCCUCAGGGGCCCAGGCAGACCCCAGCUGCCGCUCUCUGUGCUGGAGCAGCGCCCCCACGCAGCCUAGCCCGGGAAGCUCGCACAUCAGGUGGCAGAGACACUGGAGUCUUCCGGCUCCCGCGCGCUCGCUCCCUCUCACACACGCGCAGACGAGGGGGGCGGCCCACCCUUCCCUGAGCCGGCCUCUGCCUCGCGCACGCUUUGUCUGGGUAUUGGUUAGAACCGUUGGAGGGUCGGAACUCCGCCGUUGCUCACGUUCCGCUGGCGGCCCAUGAGGCACCGCGAGGUAGCCCGGACCCAGGCCUUCUCCAUAGGGAGAUGGUCUCCAGCGAGCCCCUGCUGCUGCCUGUGUCACUGGAGGGCGAGUUCUCCAAUAGCAUGAAGGAGAUGAUCGGCGGCUGCUGCGUGUGCUCCGACGAGAGGGGCUGGGCCGAGAACCCGCUGGUUUACUGCGACGGGCACGGCUGCAGUGUCGCAGUGCAUCAAGCUUGCUAUGGAAUUGUUCAAGUACCUACUGGACCUUGGUUUUGCAGGAAGUGUGAAUCUCAGGAAAGAGCAGCCAGAGUGAGAUGUGAAUUAUGCCCUCAUAAGGAUGGUGCUUUAAAGAGAACAGAUAACGGGGGUUGGGCUCAUGUGGUUUGUGCCCUGUACAUUCCCGAGGUGCAGUUUGCAAACGUUUCUACAAUGGAACCUAUCGUGUUGCAGUCUGUUCCUCAUGAUCGUUAUAAUAAGACAUGCUAUAUUUGUGAUGAACAAGGGAGAGAAAGCAAAGCAGCAACUGGUGCUUGCAUGACAUGUAACAAACAUGGAUGUCGACAAGCUUUCCAUGUAACAUGUGCACAGUUUGCAGGACUUCUUUGUGAAGAAGAAGGUAAUGGUGCAGAUAAUGUCCAAUACUGUGGCUACUGUAAAUACCAUUUUAGUAAGCUGAAAAAGAGCAAACGGGGAUCUAAUAGGUCAUAUGAUCAAAGUUUAAGUGAUUCUUCCUCUCACUCUCAGGAUAAACAUCAUGAGAAGGAGAAAAAAAAAUAUAAAGAAAAAGACAAACACAAACAAAAAUACAAGAAGCAGUCUGAGUCUUCACCAUCUUUGAUGCCGUCUCUUACUGUAACUACAGAGAAAACUUACACAAGCACUAGCAACAAUUCUAUGCCAGGCUCCUUGAAGCGGUUGGAAGAUACCACAGCUCGAUUUACAAAUGCAAAUUUCCAGGAAGUCUCUGCACAUGCUGCAAGUGGAAAAGAUGCUUCAGAGGCUAGAGGGUCAGAGAGCAAAGGGAAGAAAUCUGCAGGUCACAGCUCAGGUCAGAGGGGAAGAAAGCCUGGUAGUGGAAGGAAUCCAGGAACAACCGUGUCAGCUGCUAGUCCUUUUCAGCCAGGCAAUUUUUUGGGGACUCCUGGCAGUGUAAAAUCAUCAUCUGGAAGUUCAGUUCAAUCUCCCCAGGAUUUUUUGAGUUUUACAGAAUCAGAUCUGCGUAAUGACAGUUACGCUCAUUCCCAACAGACUUUGUCAACCAAAGAUGUACAUAAAGGAGAGAUGGGAAACCAGGAAGGGAGUGUGAAUUGUUUUAGUUCUUUAAUUGUUCUCCCUUCAGUCUCAGCCAUUGUUUCCCAGUCUAAAAACUUUGACAGCUCAUCUGGAGACUUAGGUAAUACAAGCCUUACUUCAACGGGAUAUAAGCGAGUCCAAACUUCUGGGAUAGAGGAAGAGACUGUAACAGAAAAGAAACGGAAAGGAAAUAAACAAAAUAAACAUGGGCCUGGUAGGCCCAAAGGAAAUAAAAGUCAGGAGAGUAUCUCCCACCUAUCAGUUUCUUCUGCUUCUCCAACAUCAUCUGUGGCAUCUGCUGCAGGAAGUGCAACAAGCUCUAGUCUUCAGAAGUCCCCAACGUUGCUCAGGAAUGGAAGUUUACAAAGUCUUAGUGUUGGAUCAUCUCCAGUUGGUUCAGGUAUUUAUAGCAGCAAUGAUGUAGCAGUAUCAUUUCCUAAUGCAGUAUCUGGCUCAGGAUCUAGCACUCCGGUUUCCAGUUCUCAUUUACCUCAUCAGGCUUCUGGUCACUUGCAGCAAGUGGGGGCUUUGUCACCUUCAGCUACACCUUCUGUAACCACAGUUGUUGCUACAACUCAGGCAAACACCCUACCUGGAUCUUCCCUCAGUUUGCCUCCAUCCCAAAUGUAUGGCAAUAGGCUGAAUCCUAAUUCAGCAAUGGCAGCACUUAUAGCUCAGUCUGAAAACAGUCAAGCAGAUCAGGAUCUUGGAGAUAAUACUCGCAGCCUUGUUGGCAGGGGAGGUUCACCCAGAGGAAGUCUCUCACCUCGCAGAUCUCCUGUAAGCAGCUUACAGAUUCGCUAUGAUCAGUCAGUGAACUGCAGUGUGGAAAAUUUGCCCCCGGUAGCUGCCAGCAUUGAAGAGCUUUUGGAGAGGCAGUGGAGUGAAGGACAGCAAUUUUUGCUAGAACAGGGCACCCCUAGUGACAUUCUGGGAAUGCUGAAGUCGUUACACCAACUUCAAGUUGAAAAUCGACGGUUAGAGGAACAGAUUAAGAACCUGACUGCUAAAAAGGAGCGCCUCCAGCUAUUAAAUGCACAGCUUUCAGUUCCCUUUCCAACAAUAACUUCAAACCCUAGCCCAUCUCAUCAAGUACAUGCGUUUCCAGCACAAGCUGCACAUAGCAUUGAUUCCUUGAACAGCAGUAAAAGCCCUCAUCUGGGAAACAGUUUUUUACCUGACAAUUCUCUCCCUGUAUUAAACCAGGAGAUAACCUCCAGUGGACAAAGUACCAGCAGUUCAUCAGUUCUUUCCACUCCACCACCUGCUGGGCAGAGUCCUGCUCAGCCAGGCUCAGGAGUUCAACAGGUCAAUGGUGUGACAGUGGGGGCACUAGCUAGUGGUAUGCAGACUGUAACAUCCACCAUUCCUGCAGUGCCUGGUGUGGGUGGAAUAAUUGGAGCAUUGCCAGGUAAUCAGCUGGCAAUCAAUGGAAUUGUAGGGGCUUUAAAUGGAGUGAUUCAGACCCCUGCCACAAUAUCCCAGAAUCCUUCUCUCACUCAUGCGACUGUGCCACCUAAUGUAACACAUCCUCUGCCAACAACACUAAAUAACAGUGCCUCGGGACUAGGAUUACUUCCUGACCAACAGAGACAACUUCUGCUCCAUCAACAGCACCAGCAAUUUCAGCAGUUACUGAGUACUCAACAACUCACAUCAGAACAACAUCAGGCCCUUCUGUAUCAGCUAGUGCAGCAACAGCACCAUCAACACCAGCACCACCAGCCUGAAGUGCAGCAAUUGCAGAUCCCAGGAGCAGCACAGAUGCCCAUAAAUAACCUGCUUUCAGGCACUCAAGCAUCACCCCUUCAUACAACUACUACCAACCCAUUUCUUACAAUUCAUGGGGAUAAUGCAAGUCAAAAAGUGACAAGGCUUAAUGAUAAAACUGGAUCGGUUGCACCUGAAAAAAGUUGACCUUUGAAAUAAUAUUUGAGAACUGCAUAUCCUGCUGUUAUAGCACUUCAUCUAGCUGCGAACUGCAGAUCUUCAUUUCUGCAGAUAUGAAGAAAUGCAACAAGGACCUAACUGCACAGCAAAGAAUUAAUCUUCAUAAGGACGUUCUUCUAAGGCUUUGAUCUAUUUUCUUGUUGCACUGAAAUGGAGCUACUUUUUCAGAUUUAACAGACACUGCAAGAAAUUAAAUUCUGCAAACCAUAAUUAUUUUGUCAGUAUGACAAUACUAAGUACAACUACACAUUCAACCCUGGAAAAUAUUCUACUUGAUGCUCAAGUAGUAGUUCUUAUUAUAAAGCUGGAGGGCUAGUAAACUGAAAAUACUUAUUCCAGUCACACGUUACUUGAUUUCAGAACAGGAGUCUUAGCAAACAAACCAACCUUAUCUCUGCUGCAAUUGCAAAUGCUUUCAGACCCAGGUUGUAAUUGGCAAUGUGGAUUUCCUGUUAGGUGUGUGGGCUUUUUAAAACAUUUUGGAAUCUGACUCAUGAUAUAAAGAAUCCAAUUCUGAACUUGUCACGCCAUCCAGUUUCUACUGACUGUAGAGUGGAUUUUGCCAGAAUAAGAUUUUCAGGGUAGAGUCCAAAGGUUAUUAACAUUCAUUUGGUUUUGGGAGUUCUAAGGUUGCUGGACAAACCAGAUCAGUUUAAAUGGAUUUUUUUUUUUUUAACUAGAUGAGAAGGCCAUUUUGGAAAGUACUGGUAGUGUUUGGCCUAAACUAAGUGCCUGUUGCUACCUCCAUUGUGUUGAAAUGGCUGCAGACAGCUGAGCAUGCACUAGACAAGUCCUUGUAAGCAGCAGAAAUAUUCAACAUUGCACCAGCAGCCUUCCCCAUUGUUCUGCCUUCAUUAGAAGUGUCAAUGCCACUGUAUAUAGCUCAGGCAAAUUGUUACCUGGGUCACUUUUUUCACUAAUAAAUUACCAAAAAAGUGAGUAGAUAUUUAAACAUUUCCCUAUGAAAUAUACCAGUGGUUGAAAUGGGUGAACUUAUUGUUAGAACAUUUUCACUUAGGAUAGAUGAUUUCAUGGCAGUGUGGUAGAGUGUAGAUAAAAAUUGGGGUAAUGACCACUAAUCUGUAUUUAGAAAUGUAAAUUAUUAGUGAAAAACGACCCAGCAGUAAUUAGACCUCCACUGUGUACUUAAUUGGAAGAACAUGUUAAUUCUGCAAUAUGUCUCUUGGUUAAACAUUGCACAGUUCUUACCUCAUUUCUGUAAAUAAGGUUUUUGUGAAUCUGUUUUGUAUUGUGAGGAAUUCAUGAGAAAACAUUGAUAUUUUGAUUUGUAAUAUUUCUAAUUGGUAGAUUUAAUCAAAUAAUUUAUUUUUAUAUGUUCAGGGGGAUUUUAAAAAAUUGUCACAAAUCACUUUUGUGGAUACUUUACAAAAGUAAAUCAGUGUGGUUUAUUUUACUUAUUUAACCCACUGGUUAAUAUUCUGUAACAAUUUGUACAAAUGAUAAAAUUAAAAUGGGCUGUUAUUUUGCUUAGAUGUAAAAUUCCAAGAGUAUGAAAAGAUAUGUACAGAGCUUUUGUUAAUAAAUUUUAAUAAUGUUCAUAGUGGUACACUUCACAGCUAUGUGAGAGAGAUUCUUAUAGAAAUUGGAGGAUAUUCUGUCCUUCCAGUUCUAUUAAUUUCCAUGAUUGGCUGGAUUUUAGUACUUGUUGCUACUGUAAUAAUCAGAUAUCAAAUUAUACUAAAGUUAUUAUU